CAGGGAGACGGUAGGAUGCCACAGCUGAGCCUCAGUCCUGUUCUCAUUACAGAAUCAGACUUAUCUAGGACAAAUGUAGUUUAUGUCCGAGGCAACCUCGCAGAAUAGCCUCUUAACGAUGGGGUGACAGAGAGCGACUGCCUGGAAUGAAUGGCUGGCACUCGAGAAGGAGCUGGCUGAAUUUAAGAUGAUGUGUUCACAUGUGGUUCAGACUGCUGGCAGCUGAUAUGUUGAAGGACUGAAGGAGCAACUAGUGGAGGAUCAACACUGCAGCAACAUUGCAUACAGGUUAAUUUCAUCCUGGUGGCUGAACUUUGUUGAGGGACUUCCUUAAGGGAUUCACCAUCCAGAAGCCAGCAUGGCUGACGCAGUGAAUGCAUUGCCGUUCUUCUAUGGCAACAUCACCAGGGAGGAAGCGGAGGACUACCUGCAGCAGGCAGGCAUGAGCAGUGGCUCAUACCUGCUACGGCAGAGCCGAAACUAUCUUGGAGGCUUUGCACUGUCUGUGUUGCAUUCAGGCCGCUGUUACCACUACACCAUUGAAAGAGAACCCAAUGACACAUAUGCUAUCGCUGGUGGUAAGAGCCACAGGAGCCCUGUGGAUGUGAUUGACUACCACUCCCAGGAGAUGGAUGGCCUUGUGUGUCUGCUAAAGAGACCCUGCAACAGGCCCAAGAACAUGCAGCCAAAGGUGGGGCCGUUCGAGGACCUGAAGGAAAAACUGAUCCGGGAGUAUGUGAAGCAGACUUGGAAUCUGCAGGGAGCAGCUCUGGAGCAGGCCAUCAUCAGCCAGAGGCCUCAGCUGGAGAAGCUCAUUUCUACCACCGCACAUGAAAAAAUGCCCUGGUUCCAUGGAUCAAUAACGCGAGAGGAUUCUGAGCCCAGGCUUCAGAAUGGCUCCCGCACAAAUGGAAAAUUCCUGAUCCGACAGAGAGAUGUGAAUGGAUCCUACGCUCUGUGUUUACUCCAUGAAGGGCAAGUCAUGCAUUAUCGCAUCGACAAGGACAGGACCGGCAAGCUCUCCAUCCCAGAUGGCAAGAAGUUUGACACCCUGUGGCAGCUGGUGGAGCACUACUCAUACAAACCAGACGGCCUGCUGCGAGUGCUUACAGAGCCCUGUCCACGACCUGACGGAGAAAUUGGACGACCACUACUUCCACGAGACCAUCCUGGACUAUCUUCUGCCUUGCACAAUGCGGCAGGUGGAAUUCUCUCCAGACUCAGAACUGUUCCCAUACCUGGCCUGAAAAAGAACCGCGGAUCCCGACACAACACCAUGGAUAAUCUCAAUCCGUAUGAGACCAGGGUGCCCGGUAAUCAGGCAGCCAGCAAAGAGGCCAUGCCAAUGGACACAGAGGUAUAUGAGAGUCCAUACGCAGACCCAGAUGAACUGAGGAGCUCCACAGUGGAUCGCAGCCAGCUCUACUUGGAGGAUGGAGAACUGGGCUCUGGGAACUUUGGUACAGUCAUGAAGGGCAUCUACAAGAUGAGAAAGAUAGAGAAGCCAGUUGCAGUCAAAAUCCUGAAGAAUGAUGAUAACAACCAAUCAGUACAUGAGGAAAUGCUACGAGAAGCCAAUGUCAUGCAGCAGCUGGACAAUCCUUAUAUUGUGCGGAUGAUCGGUAUCUGUGAGGCAGAGAGCCUAAUGCUGGUUAUGGAGUUGGCCGAGCUGGGACCACUUAACAAGUUCCUGCAGAAAAACAAGCAAACAACCAUAAAGAACAUCACAGAGCUGGUCCACCAGGUGUCUAUGGGGAUGAAAUACCUGGAGGAGCAUAACUUUGUCCACAGGGACCUGGCUGCCAGGAACGUACUUCUGGUCACGCAGCACUAUGCCAAGAUCAGCGACUUUGGCCUCUCCAAAGCUGUUGCUGAGGAGCAAAACUACUACAAGGCCAAGGGUCAUGGGAAGUGGCCAGUGAAAUGGUACGCUCCUGAGUGUAUAAACUACUUCAAAUUCUCAUCCAAGAGUGAUGUGUGGAGCUUUGGGGUGCUCAUGUGGGAGGCCUACUCUUUUGGCCAGAAACCAUACAAGGGAAUGAAAGGAAAUGAUGUCAUGCAGAUGAUUGAAAGUGGAAACCGGAUGGAUGCUCCAGUGAACUGUCCACCAGAGAUGUAUGACCUCAUGAGAACCUGCUGGACAUACAAGGCAGAUGAAAGGCCUGGAUUUACUGUUGUUGAGCCAAGACUACGAGAGUAUUAUUAUGACAUUGCACAGUGAUUCUUACGGAUUUUAUGAGAUUAUGCAAACCAAAAGCAGCAUUUAAUCAUGUAGAAAUUACUGGAGAUGGUUAAAAAUGAUAAAUGAUGUUGUAAAAUAUUAACUUCACCUGGAGAAUUAAUUCUAACUUCUAAUUAUUGACCAUCUUUAUGCAAAUGACAUUUCUUUUAUUACUUUUCUUGUUCAUUCCUGAAUGUGCACAGUACGACAGUUGUAAUAAACAGAUACAAGUCUAGCUUAUUUUAUGAACAAACUUUUAUGUUACAGCUAACAAAGAAAACAAUUGAUUCACUUGCUAGUCUUUCAUAGUGUUAGUGAAUGAAGCUGCACCAUUGCAAUGUCAUUAUAGAUAAUCUUCAAGUCCUUGAAUCCCUUAAUUAUGGACUGAUUGCUUCUGUAAAGAGACAUAGGACUGUCUUCACACACCAAGGUCCUUGGGUUAUGAGAAGUGCAUAUUUCUGUACUCACAUAUCAAUCUGUUACACAACUGUGACUCAUAAUCAUUGCUAAUACCUGUCAGCAUUAUACAAUAUAUGGACAGAAAUAGUGUCCUGGAAAUCUGGAAAUUUAAAACAUGUAAGAAUUACUCAAAAAAACCAUCAUCAGGAACGGGCAGAGAUCUCAGGAAACAUCAGCUAAUAAAAUGGAUUAAAGAACACUUCACGAUGAAAUUAUGUUCAGGACGGCUGCUCAAGUGGAAAAAGGGCAUCCCAUCCUUUUUUUUUUUUUUAACUUGUGUUAAGUAGUGAUGUAAAAAAGGAAAGUGCACCUUGCCGGGAGGUUUCCAUUUGCCAGCACCUUGAAGUGUCUGGAAAAUAUCAUUCUAACUUACAUAUAAGGUGUCAAGAUCUAUACUAAAGCCCCGUUUCAAUCAAACAUUCUCGGUAUGGUACCUUUGGAACUUGAAAGUACCCUUCAGACAUGGUACCUAGACAGUAGCGCAGUGGCCCUCAAAUGGCGGCCUGCGACCCGCAUCCGGCCCGCGAGCCGUCAAUUUGCGGACCGCAAGCCGCCUUUUUGCGGACUGCGAGCUGAACACGUGACUCCUUCACUGUGUGUGUUUUGGUUUGGUCAGCACGUGUAAAUGUUCUGUUAUCUCCAUGCCAAUGAUGCGCUGAUAGGCUGUUAGCAAAAAUGGCACUUUUUACUUUCACUUUUGAAGCAGUAUGCCUAUGGAUACUUUGCCAGCAGUAUCCUAGAUUGAAUGAAAAUGGCAUGUUCCAAGUUCGGAAAGAAAAAGAAAGGUGUUGAAAGGUUUUGUUUUAUUUGAGUAUUUAUUUUCAUUUAUGUCAAAAUGGAAAUUUUAUUUUGUUUUAUUUCAUUUUAGUAUGUAUUUUCAUUUUGUUGUUUUGAAUAUGACAGUGUUAUGGCUUGUGGCUUGACCAACUAUAAUAAAUGGACCUUUGACUC